UAUCGGGAUGUAGUUUUCGCGGAGUUCUGUGAUGUUUUUUUUUAUUGCUACUUUCAUUUUACAAAAUUUUUUAUUUUGAUCUACUUUCUCUGACAGUAAAUUUAGAUGCCUUUAGCAUUUGUUAUCAACCCAGAAAGUUUUUAUAAUCGUGCCAAACAUUCAAAAUAUAAUAUAUAUAUGUUUAUAAAAUAUAUAUACACGUACAUUUAUAUAUAUAAAAUAUACAUAAAUUAUUAUAUAUAAAGACGCAAAAAUGUUUCCCGCUGGUUUGUUUCGACGCACACAAGCCUCUAUUCUAAAUUACGCACGUUACUCAGAGUCGAAGAGCACUUUACCUUCAAAUGUAUUUCUGCUGGGCGGCGGUCUCGGUAAGUUGCAAGGUGGCAUCAAGGAAGAAGAAUACUUUAGCUCGAUCAAUCACGGAUUAAUGUCCAAUAUACGCAAACAUAUUGAGUCCUCGAAGACCGCAGACUAUAUGCGCAAAUACGAGGAGUAUCAACGUACAUUAGAUCAUGCUGCUCUCUAUAAUACAACUUGUAUAAACAAAUACAAGGACAUGCAUGAAGAGGCAUUCUUCUUGAAUGAGAGCACCGAAUGUUUAAAGGUUUUGCAUAAUCGUGGAAAGGACGAUCCAAUCGAUGACGAUGAAUCAUAGGCAAAGUAAUUGGCAAAUCCAAAUGAAUGUU